UCGCAUUUAUCGGGUGUGGAUCCUACAGUACAAUGUAGAAGUAUUACCAAAUUCACAGAGUGGUUACUUGCCACAUCCCGGGAAAUCCCUGUAGAAACAACAACUCAUAAUUGGACAGAAUAAGUGAUUCUAUGAGUUUUUUUUUGAAAACAAUAGUGCAGUGCAGUGUAUUGCCCCACGAAAACAUAUGAAAUCCGAGGCGAUCUUCAGUUGGUGGGUGCUCGUUGAUGCAUAGCGAAGUUGUAGUCUUACCAACAGCUCGAAAUAAAAAAAAAAAAAAACAAUAAACCCCCUGGACGGUCGAAACAAUGCUCAAAGCCGCGAGGAAGCCAACGGAUCCAUACAAAUCGAAGCUGAAAGUUAAUGCCAGCCACAGUGGACCGCAUCCACUGCCCGUCGAGCUGGCGAGGAAGAAGAAGGUGGAUGUGGAUGUGGAGGAGGAGGAGGAGGAGCAGGCCACCACUGGUGGCCAGACAUCCCCCCAAAAGCUCAGCCUGAGGGGCAGCCAACUGGGGGGCAGCAUUUUGAUUGGCAACUACAACUACUUGACCCAGCUGGAGGUAUGCGAAAACGAAAUGGAGGUCUUGGAUCUCAGCUCGCUGGCGCAGCUGGAGACGCUCAAGUGCAGCCGGAACAAGCUGAUGGAGCUGAUCAUCAACGCCACCAAUCUGCAGACACUCACAGCCGACCAUAAUUACCUGCACAACAUAUCGACAACGAACAGCCAUCCGGUGCCGCUGAAGCUGCAUCGCAUCGACAUCUCGCACAACAACUUCGGCGAGCUGCCCAACUGGAUCGGAGCAUGUGCAUCCCUGUCGGUCCUGGAGGCCGCACACAACCGGCUCGGCCAGGUGACGGGACUGCUGCGCAACUACAGGAUCAGUCAUCUGGUUUCCCUGAAUCUGGCCUACAACGAGCUGAAGUAUUUGGACCAGUUGCCGGAGGGUUUUGGCAGCAUCCGGAGCCUCCAGCUGCAGAGCAAUGAGCUGCCGAGUCUGCCGGAGAACUUCUUCGCUGUGACCCAUUCGCGGCUGGAAACGCUGAAUGCCUCCUGCAACAAGUUGGCCACCUUGCCGCGCUACGAGCAGAACAACCAUGCUGCCUUGGUGAAUCUCUCGCUGGCGGGGAACCAACUGAACGACAGUAUUUUCGAGCCACUGCACAAUGCCGCUAGGUUGAGGGUGCUGCAUUUGGCCUACAAUCGCAUUGGUGUCCUGCCCGCCGCCUGUGUCCGCAACUGGCCGGAUUUGGAGAUCCUGGUCAUGUCCGGCAAUAUGCUGCAGCAACUGCCCGAGGAGGUGGCCACUCUGGGCCAGCUGAGGGUGCUCCGGUGCUGCAACAACCUGCUCCUCUGCACCCCCCAACUGGCCAAGCUGGGCAUGCUCAAGGUCCUGGAUCUCUCGCACAAUCAUCUGGAUCGGGUCAAUCUACUGGCCCUCGUGCCCUCGCGGAACCUCAAGUACCUGGAUCUUUCGGGCAACCUGCAGUUGCAGGUGGACGAGCAGCAGUUUAAGGUGUGCCAGACCCAGAGCCAGCGCCACUGGAGCCUGAUCGAUGUGUCGGGCAACAACAGAGCCGCCUUGCCCACAACCACGCUGCGGCAGGUGAAUGCCCAAAGGGGUCAGAGCAAGGCGAGUGGACCCUGGACCAUGGGCUUUGCGGAGACUCCGGGCUCUGGAGAUUGCCGCAAGCUGCUGGUCUGCCAACUCCGGGCAGCCAACUAUGGCGGCUCCGACGAAGCCCUCUACGGCAUGUUCGAGGCAUUGGAGGGACAGGGUCGGGCGGCCCAGGAGAUGGCCCAUCUAGUGCCCGAUCUGAUGAGGCAGGAGCAGCUGGUCAAGGACGCGGCGGUCAGGGACUACAUGAAGUUCACCCUGCUGGCGGCCCAACAGCAGUGUGGCACGGUGCGCAGUGCCGCCCUCUUCCAUCUCACCAGGACACGGGCUCCCUCGAAGGUGAGGCCGCUGAAGAGCAAGCGCUAUGUCCUGCGCAUGGCCAGCACCGGUCGCCUGGAUGCCUAUCUGAUACGCCGCACCUCCCAACUGCGACUCACCGAAUCGGAGACCAUCCAAAAGGAUCAGAGCCAUUCCAUGGCAAUGCCGGAUCCACAGGUUCUUGAGCUGACCCUAAGCAACGAUGACGAGUACCUGGUGGUGGGCAAUGCCCAGCUGUGGUCCGUGAUGGACAUCGAUCGUGCGGCCCGAGAGAUUCGGAAGGAGGAGAAUGCCCUGCUGGCGGCCAAGCGACUGGUGGACAUUGCGCAGAGUUUUGCGGCGGCGGAGAAUCUCAGCGUGAUUGUGGUGCGAUUCCGGCACCUGGGCACCGACGUGGACCACCUCAUCCGGGAGCUGAAGCAGAGUGUGCGCAGGAAGCCCCAGCCGGUGCCGCCGCCCUUGUCCAGUGGGUCCGUGUGCAAGCGGACCUGCUGCGAUCGGAGCAAUGCCUGUCGCCACCGGGCCAUCGAACAGGAGCCGCUGGCAGGACGAUCCUCGCCCAGUGGCCAGAGCGAUCGGGAUCUGCUGGCCAAGGACAGCAAGGACAGCAAGGACACCAAGGACAAUGACAAGGACAACGACAACAAGGACGAUGAGUUUGUGCUGGCCCAUGCCCGCGUCCUGCAGGAGGAGCAGCAGCUAGAGAUGCUGGACGAAACGGAGUCGGUGCUGUCCGAGGAGCAGUUCAAGUGCUGGGAGUACAUGCUGGAGCAGAACACCCAGCUGCUGUUCGACAAGGAGCUGAACACCAUUUCCAAGUCCUUCACGAAGCAGCGGUCCGUGCCGAAUGCCAUCGUGGCAGCCUCUCACCUGCCGGAUCGCAAUGACUUCACCUCGAAUCUGAUGCGCAGUGUCACCAACAAGUUCAUCUCGACCAGCACCCCACAGUUGCCCCAGCCGCUGGGCUGCUCCACUCCGAGUUCCGUGCCCCUGGGAUCGUAUCAUCAGGUGAAUCAGCCGAUUCCGGGUCAUUUUGGCAGUGCCCUCACCUUCCAGCAGGCACAGAGCUACGGCUACGGCUACAAUCUGUUCGAUCCCAAGCCGCGCAAGAUUGGAGCCGGAAGCAGCGUGAAGCGAUCCGGAGGACCAAACUCCGCCUACUUUGGUUCCCUUCAGCGUCUCAUGCCCUACAACUUCGAGUACGACUUUGCCGUGACCCAGGAGCGGGAGAGGAACAUCCUGGACGAGGAGGAGCACGACGAUGAUGAGUUCAACGAGCAGGAGAGUCGCAUGCGAAAGUACUGGGGAGUGGCCACCACGGAACUCUAGCCU